AUGGCUCCAUACAAAAAAUGCACUCCUCCAACAUUAUCUCCGGAACCGCCUGGACAAAUUGGCCUUCAACAAUUUCUCUCCAACACUCCUUAUUAUCCUGCACAUCUACUACUGAAUCAGAAACAUACGCUCUUCUUACAAUCACUGAACAUCUCCCUCACAAUUGUCAUU